AUGAUUAAUCAGUUAAUGCCAGUCAUGUUCGAAGGUGGUGCGGAUCCAAUGGAAGCGGAUGACUAUAUGGAUCAAGUUGAAACUCAAUUAACUUCUAUGGAUGUGACGGAUGAUCACUUAAAAAUCAUCCUAGCCACUUACAAGUUUUCAAAGGAUGCCAAGUUUUGGUGGAAGUCGGUCACAAAUCAGUAUAAGAUUGAAGAAAUGAGUUGGGAUAGGUUCAACGAGCUAUUCUAUGAGAAGUAUUUCCCUGCUCCCAAGAGGUGGGAGUUAAGGAAUCAAUUUAUUGGCCUUAUCCAAGGCAAUAUGUCGGUGACGGAGUACGAAAACAAGUUCACUUCACUUUCCCGUUUUGCUCCAGAGAUGGUGAGAGGUGAAGUUGAUAUGACUCGAAAGUUUAUUUCCGGUCUUGAUUUCAAAAUGAGGCCUUUGUUAACGGCACAGGCAUCAAGGUUUAUUUUGAGUAAUGGAAAGGGCAUUGAUGUUAGAGGCAGAGGCCAAAGAUAA